AUGACAGCAAUGAAAAUAGCCUUCUCUUGGGACCUUAAAAAAGUGAAGGAGUAUUUAGCAGCAAAUACGGACGGGAACGGCGUAUUUCAAAAUAAGCAACGAAAAGAGGACGAUGAGGCACAAAAUGAAAACUCCGAGCAGUUGCACCCCGGAAUAGUAUCAUUUAAACAAUUUUUGGGGGAACUAAUCGUACAAGGUGCCCCAGGGAGAAUGCUGAUAGGUGUGAUACGAGACGAUGGUGCUGUAAAGAACGACAAUAAGAAUAUGGGCGACAUGGAAGUGCAGCAUGUGGAACAAGUCGAAGAAUAUAUUUCUAAGGAGUUUGAAAAUCUUAAAAUUUCUGAGGCAGAAUGA